CGAGGCGCGCGGCAAGGCAAGCGCAAGGCAACGCAAGACGCCGCGCGCUUCGCGCUUCCUCGAGGCGCCGUCGCCGCGCCGCGCCUGCUUCCCACCACCAUGUCCGCCGCACAACUCGGCACCGCCAUUCCCGGCGCCGGCACCAAGGGCCGGCCCGUCGUCUUCUUCGACGUCGCCAUCGGCGACCAGCCGGCGGGGCGCAUCAAGAUGGAGCUCUACAGCGACUCGGUGCCCAAGACGGCGGAGAACUUCCGGCAGCUCUGCACCGGCGAGCAUCGCGUGAACCUGCAGCCGCAGGGGUACAAGUCAAGCAUCUUCCACAGAGUCAUCCGCGACUUCAUGGUGCAGGGCGGCGACUUCCUCAACGCCGACGGCAGCGGCAGCUUCUCCAUCUACGGCGACAAGUUCGACGACGAGGCGUUUGUGCACAAGCACGAUCAGCCGGGCCUGCUGAGCAUGGCCAAUUCCGGGCCAAAUACAAACGGCUGCCAGUUCUUCAUCACCUGCCAGCCGUGCGACUUCCUCGACGGCAAGCACGUCGUCUUCGGCAAGGUCGUCGAGGGCCUGCUCACGCUGCGCAAGAUCGAAAACGUGCCGACGGGGCAGAACAACCGGCCACGCAUGGCCGUGCGCAUCACCGAGUGCGGCGAGAUGUAAUGCAGGACUGCACAGGCGCGUGCGUGUGCGGGCAUCCAUUGCAGAGCUGUCGCGGGCUGCCGCGCUCAGUGCCG